AUGUCGUCCUUCAGAUUUCCUCCUCCGCCUCCGCCGCCGCCGAAGGCUACAUCCAGCGAGCAACCAUACGCGAGUCAACGGGGCGGCCCUGCCCGGGGAGGCGGUGAUAGGGGCCGCGGGAGAGGCGGCAAUCAAAACCGGGGAGGGGGCUUCGAUAUCUCUGGAGGCAAUCCAAGAGGUGGUCAUGGGCAGAGUCGCGGUCGCGGAGAUGCGCGCGGCAGAGGAGGCCAGCGAGGAGGCUAUCAGAACAACAGAGGUGGCGCAAAUAACAGGGGAGGCUACAAUGCUGGUAACGGACAAUACCAGGCGAAUGCGUCGCCCAACAGCGCCUCUCCGAAUGGUUACAACAACACGUCCUUCACCGGCGGCGCGCAAACAUAUGGCGCGACACAGCAGCAAUACGACCCCAACGCGCUCGCCCAGGUCAUGUCAUACAUGUCGACACCGGCCGGUGUACAGUCGAUGGCAGCAUACGCCAACCAUAUGACAACCACAGGCAACGUCCCCUUUCCCCAGUCACCACAAUCCCAUCAGUACCAACCGAGCCCUCAGUAUUCGCCGCCUCAACACGCCGGUCAGAAGAGAAAACUGAACGACCGAAACAACAACGCACAGCAGCAGCAAAACCAAUCGCAGCCAAGUUCGAAGCCACCGAGGGCCAAGGCCGCCGUACCACCACAGGUGCCCAGCUUCGGCUUUUCACUGCCUCCACCUCCCGUGGUGCGACCUGAUAAUAAGAAGCGCAAGGUCAAUCUAGGACUCUCGAAGCAGCCAGUUCCUGAUGAGAGCAGCGAUGAAGAGGACAUCGACGAAGAAGCCGCGUACACGGAGAAGCUCAAGGGCGGGGGCUUCGCGUUCGAGCAUGGAGGGGAGAUGAUUAGCAUUCAAACAGGAGCUGAGGUCGCUGCAUGGAUCAAGGACAGGAGACGAAAUUUCCCUACACAAAAGAGGAUUGUGGAGAAGGCAGAGGAAGCCGCGAGGAAACGAGCAGCCGAGAUCGACUUUUUGCGCAGAGUGAGUGGCAAGCCACCGAGAGAGCACCGCGACGACAACCAGAUUCAGCAACCGAAGCCUCGCGAAAGGAGGCAGGAAAAUACGACCAAGAAGGAAGACAGCGCAAAACGGGAUGCCGAGAACCGCAGACAAGAAGAGCUCGCGGCUUUACGGAAGAAACUUCACGAGAGCAUGAUAAAGAAACAAUCUGCGCCGAGCGUGGUGGAUCUGGGCUUAGGAUACGAGAGCGAGACAGAGUCUGAGGCUGAAAGUUCAGUGCUAUCAGAGUCAUCUGUGGUAUCAAGUUCCGAAGAAGAGGAAGAGGAGUCCGAGUCCGAGUCAGAAGACAGCGACGAAGCGCCAGAACCCACAUCUUCAAAGAUUGCUCCACCAGUCAUUCGAGUUCCUCCUCCCCCGCGGGCACCAGUCGCCGCAAAGAAGGAAACGAGUGUGUGUAGCAAUUGGAAGCGCAACGGGAAAUGCCCGUAUCUGCGCAAAUGUAAAUUCCAUCAUCCUCCAAAGGAAACAAAACUACAGGGAUUGUACGAGCGCAUGGUAGAGCAGGAGCUGAUCAAGGCAGACCAAUUGGCACUCGACGCUAUCAAAUACUUGGGACAGAAUGGGUUCUUGGGCUAA